GCCAAAGGGCAGACGCCGGCCGAGGUGGGUUCCCGGGCUGCCUCCGGUUGAUGCCGCCGUCGACCGUAGCCAUCUCGAUCCACGCCAAGCCUGGCUCCAAGGUCGCCACCAUCACAGAGAUCGGGGACGAGGCGGUUGGUGUCCAGAUCGACGCACCAGCGAGGGAUGGCGAGGCCAACGCCGCGCUUGUAGACUUCAUCAGCUCGGUACUUGGGGUGAAGAAAAGAGAGGUAUCCAUUGGCUCUGGUUCUAAAUCAAGGGAAAAGGUUGUGCUUGUACAAGAUGCUACUCUUCAAGGUGUCUUCGAUGCUUUGAGCAAGUCCUGUAAUUGUUGAUGAUGUGUGCGUGCUAAACCUGAUAUUGCUUGAAUUGGCAUGAGCUAAACUAGUGAGUGACCUUUCCAAUAACACAUUUGCCCUGUUAAGUGUAUCUUCCUAAUUUCUGGUGAGUGGACAUCUUCACCCUUGCAAGAUUUCCGACCAAUUACAUAACUGAAGUGGGCCUUUUGGGCUGUUGCAA